UAACUGGAUAAAUAGUCAAAGGAAAACAGAUAAUCAAGUGAAUGAUUAUGGGGAAGAAAAUAAUCAAGAGAAAGUAAAUGGUCCCGAGGAAGAAAAUAAUAAAGAGAAAGUAAAUGGUCACGAAGAAAAAAAUGAUCAAGAGAAAGUAAAUAGUCAUGAGGAAGAAAAUGAUCAAGAGAAAGUAAAUAGUCACAAGAAUGCAAUUGUUCAAAAGGAAGCAAUUGAAAUAUCUGAUCAAGAGAAAGUAAAUGGUCACGAGAAAGCAAUUGAUCAAGAGGAAGCAAUUGAUCAAAAGAAAGCAAUUGAAAUAUCAGAUAAUUAUGAUGAUUUAUUGAUAGCAGCUGCAAAUAGUCAAGUGCUUGGAAUUCUUACUAUAAUUGAACCAUUCAAUGCUAUUUCAUUCGCAAUCAGAACUACUUCUCCAAUUUCAGGUUUAAUCUCAAUUUAUAGUAAUAGUUUUAAUGUUGAUCCUUUGACACCAUGUGGUCCUGGAGAUGCAUCAUAUCCAGAACUAUUACAAGAUAGAUUUAGUGAUAUUAGUAAGAAUUACAAAUUAGUAGAAGAUAAUAAUUUUAUAAUUCCAGUUUUUGGUUUGUCUACUAUAUGUAAUCCUAGCAGCGGCCCACCAAAUUUUCCAGGUUUUAAUUAUUCUUCUCGUCAUAGCUUACUAAAUACAGCGCCAAUAAAUUUAACUAUAAUAAAUUUAACAAAGACUGUAGAAAUGGAUUCUUGGCUAGAGAAUCGAUGGAUAGCAGAAGUUAUCAAUCUUGAACAAGAUAGCUUUAAUGAAAUGACAAUAAUUACUAUUAAUUUUGUACAAGUAUUAGCCUUUAAUUCAAUAUGUGAGGAGAGUAUUAAUGCUGGAGAUUCUAAAUUAUGUUAUCCAAAAAUGG